UAAUGCAGGUUAUUGCAGUGUUUCUUUCAAUUUUUAUUUUGGGGUUGUUUGCAAAAUAAAUAAUCAAUCAAAAGAAAGGAAUUAAAAUAAGUCAACUUUAAAAUAAAAAUCUUAUAGAUAAAACUGACCGAUGUAUAACACUAAGGAAUGUCAAUAUUGAAUUUGUGGAUGUCCAAGGAUAGAUAUGAAUUAUUGAACGUAUUCGUUUUAACGAAUAAUGAAUAAUAAAUUAUAAUAAGCCAAGAAGUUUGUAAACAUAACCUUACCAAGUGCAAUGGCAUAUAAUAAAGAACUAAAGUCAAACACUACAUUGAAUUCUAGACAGAAGAAUUAAGGGGUCGCCUAAUGUGCACAUAAACAGCAACAGUAAAAAUAUUCCACUUUGGCAAAAUGAGUCACAUGUCACCAUUUCGAAUGAACGUGCCCAACAUGGGUGACUUGCCAAGCAGUGUGGCUAACCCAAAGAAGAGGCGAAAAAAUGUCCAAACCCCAAUCCAAACGCCACCUAAUGUACAGGAUCUACUACCUCCACCUUUAUCUGGAUAUGGUGACACAAUAGUAGCAUCAAAUCCAUUUGACGACUGUCCUAGUUCAAUAGGUAGCUCAAUGACUAUGGUCAGGAAUUCACCAAUGGGAAUGGGACCUGGCAUGCCAGGUCCUCCAUCUGGUCCAAACAUGCCAGGCAUGCCUCCAGGAGUGAAUAACAUGAAUAUGUGUCGACCCAUGGGCCCAGGGAUGGGUAUGGGUUCACCAAUGAUGCAUAGCCCUAAUGCCCACCAAAACCCCAUGAUGAACAAUCCAAUGAUGAUGAAUGGGCCUAGAAUGAAUCACAUGGGUGGCCCUGGUCCCGGUGGUCCAGGAGGACCAGGCCCAGGUCCUCAUGGAGGCCAUGGGCAUGGUCCUCCACAGCAUAUGAUGGUGAGUCCAAAUGGCCCCAUGCAUUCAAUGACAGGACCUCCAAUGCACAGUCCAAUAGGUGGCAUGGGUCCCAUGCAGGGACCUGGAGUUGGGGUUGGUGGACCAGGAAAUGGAGGGCCAAUGGGGAGUCCAAUGGGACCUAUGAAUGGUGACAUGAAUAAUCCAAUGAUGGGCAAUUCUGGUCCCCCUAUGAACAAUGCUGGACCCAUGAGCAAUCAACAUGGACCUGGUAUGCCUAUAUCUGCUCCUAAUGGACCUAUUGGCCCACCUCCUCAAUCCAUGAACAACAACAACUUCAUGAUGUCACCCAUGAACAAUAUUUAUUCAAAACCAAUGCCAGUAAGUGCUGGAAAAGUGUAUCCAGCAGAUCAACCUAUGGUUUUUAAUUCUCAGAAUCCUAAUGCUCCUCCAAUUUAUCCCUGUGGAGUGUGCCAUAAAGAAGUACAUGACAAUGAUCAAGCCAUAUUAUGUGAAAGUGGAUGCAAUUUUUGGUUUCACAGGGGAUGCACUGGCCUCACAGAAGGAGCCUUCCAAAUGUUAACUGCCGAAGUAUAUGCAGAGUGGGCAUGUGAUAAAUGUCUUUCUACAAAGAACAUACCCUUGGUAAAAUUCAAGCCAUAAUUUCAUGAGAACGUUACUUAACACAUUAAUUUUAUCAAGACUGAAAACAUCCUUGUGGACCUGGAUUUUAAAUUAUUUAUUGUAAUUGUUAUUUAUCUCAAAAUUUAAUGUUUUGCACAUCUCAAUUUAUUGUAUAAUUUUAUGAAUUUCGAUUUAUUGUCUAAUAUAUUUGUAGGAGGUGUUUUAUGUUCCAUCAGUUUAUUGGCCAAGUAAAAAAUUGGUUGAUUGACUACAUGCAAAAAUGUACAAUAAAUUGGUAUGUGUAAAACAAAUAUAAUGUUUAUUUCUCUCUUAUAUAAUGUUUCUUAACACAUUUGUAUGUUGAUGUUCAAUUAAAAUGAUGAUUUGUAUAUCUCUGCCAAUCAUAUUUAUGUAAUAUGUAAAUAUUAGUUUAAAAAAAUAAUUAAUUUGUACAUAUUUAUUACAUUUAUAAAGUUUUAAAAUAUGUCAUACAAUGUUUAGCUCAAUUAUAGUUUGUAAAUAUAAUUUUGUAUAAAUUAUAAAAGUUAUACUCAUCUAAUCUUAAACAUAUUUUAAGGUGCAGUUAUUUUAUAAAAAUUACAAUUUGUACACUUAUAACAC